AUGGAUAAGGAAAGGGCGAGGCUUGAUGUGGAUAGAAAAGGAGGUAGGGCUUCAUGGAUGGAGAAAGGAAGGAGGGCUUCAUGGAUAGAGAAAGGAAAAAGGGCUUCAUGGAUGAAGAAAGAAGGAAGAGCUUCAUGGAUGGAGAAAGGAAGAAAGAGCCUCAUGGAUGGAGAAAGGAGUAAGGGCGUCAUUGAUGGAGAAAGGAGAAAGAGGUUCAUUGAGGGAGAAAGGAAGAAGGGCUUCAUCGAAGUAGAAAGGAGGAAGGGCUUCAUGGAUGGAAACAGGAGGAAGGGAUUCAUUGGUGGAGAAAGGAGGAAGGGCUUCAUUGGUGGAGAAAGGAAGAAAAGCUUCAUGGAUGGAGAAAGGAGGAAGGGAUUCAUUGGUGGAGAAAGGAAGAAAAGCUUCAUGGAUGGAGAAAGGAGGAAGGGAUUCAUUGGUGGAGAAAGAAGGAAGGGCUUCAUGGAUAGAGUAAGGAGGAAGGGCUUCAUUUGUGGAGAAAGGAGGAAAAGCUUCAUGGAUGGGGAAAGAAGGAAGGGCUUCAUGGAUAGAGAAAGGAGAAAGGGAUUCAUUGAUGGAGAAAGGAGGAAAAGCUUCAUGGAUGGAGAAAGAAGGAAGGGUGUCAUUGAUGGAGAAAGAAGGAAGGGCUUCAUGGAUAGAGAAAGGAGGAAGGGAUUCAUUGGUGGAGAAAGGAAGAAAAGCUUCAUGGAUGGAGAAAGGAGGAAGGGAUUCAUUGGUGGAGAAAGAAGGAAGGGCUUCAUGGAUAGAGAAAGGAGGAAGGGCUUCAUUUGUGGAGAAAGGAGGAAAAGUUUCAUGGAUGGAGAAAGAAGGAAGGGCGUCAUUGAUGGAGAAAGGAAGAAAAGCUUCAUGGAUGGAGAAAGAAGGAAGUGCUUCAUGGAUAGAGAAAGGAGGAAGGGCUUCAUGGAUAGAGAAAGGAGGAAGGGAUUCAUUGAUGGAGAAAGGAAGAAAAGCUUCAUGGAUGGAGAAAGAAGGAAGGGCUUCAUGGAUAGAGAAAGGAGAAAGGGAUUCAUUGAUGGAGAAAGGAAGAAGAGCUUCAUAGAUUGA